UAAUUUAAGCUGAGGACGAGUAUGCCUUGGGUGUCGUUUUAUAGAACACCUAGGUUUCUUGUAGAAGUUCUCUUAACGCUGUUCCGUGUUAGCGACUCCCACGGGCCAACAAUGUGGCUACAGCUAAUGCUAGUUUUAGACAAACUUGUCGAGUCAAGUAGCUUUGGCCAGCAGGUUAGUCAUGCUGAACACGAACAUAACUAUCAAAGAGACUUUAACUGUUUCAGUGUUUCGGUUGAAGUAACAUUGGUAUGUCCGGUAUGUAGCUUACGUUGGUGAGCUAAAUAAUAUGGCUACAGGAGGCUAGCUAAACCGGAGUAAAAUGAGUUCAGCUGAAACGCUAAGGUUAACGCUAGCUAACGCUUAACCGCAAUGUUGCGUUAGCUAGUCAUUGCCAGGGUCACGUUGAAAUUGUAUCAGUUGCAUUUUGGUUUACCUACUGGCAAAAAAAAAAAAAAAAAAAAAAACACCGUUACCAGACAACCGAGUGCCCUCUCGUGAUCAAAGCUUCUCUCGUAUUUAGUUCGUGUCACAUUGCUUAACUAAGAACUUUUUAGAAAAUUAUAUAUGACUCACUUCCUCGUACUAGUAACAAUUUAGGCAUUCCGUAAACGAGGACUAGCAGUGUAGAAAUGUUAGAUUAAAUUAAAUUUAUUGUUAAUAAAUUGAAGAUAUUGGCUAUAUUCGCUAGAUAAGUUGACGAGUGUAUGUAAAUGGUGUAAUUAGUACAUAGCCGUCUUUGUUUUGUUUAGCUUGGCUUAAAUGGGUGGUAAUGGCUCUCUGUUCUAAUUCGAUUUGCCAUUCCCUAAAGAACCAGGUAGUUAGGCCAAGUAGUACUCGGGUUGCGUGGAAGUUGCCAAACUGGAAAUGGAAAAACGGCUAGAGGAGAAGCUUAGGAUCAGCCAGAAAGAAAAGGAAACAAGUAAUUCUUCCCGAUCUCCAUUAAAGACAACCAUGGUGAUACAAGACAACUCUUUACCAGCAGCACCGCCUCCUCAGAUACGCAUUUUGAAACGGCCUGCAAGUAAUGGAUCCUUGGGGUCACCCAUGAACCAGAACAAGCCCACACUGCAGGUCAAGUCACUGGCCCAGCGAGAAGCUGAGUAUGCAGAGGCCAGGAAGAGAAUACUGGGCAGUGCCUGCCCAGAGGAGACUCCUCAGGACAAACCUAACACUGACAGGCCAGGGCGCAAUAACUCUACAUUGCCUUUAGAGGACACCAGAUCAAACAAUCACACUGUCCGGCAGCCUGCCGGUCCAGACGGCACCCACGGAUUCCGACAACACAGAUAAGUGGGUCUAAAAGGUGACUGAGUCAUUACGGGGAGAGAGCUGAAGGGCCACCUGAGAUCAAAGUACUGUAUUCUUAAAACUCCUUCCUCCAGUUUCCAUAUAUCAGAUGAGUUCGGUUGCAGCACUGCCCUCAACCUUCCUUUUACAGUCACAUGAAGUCAUCAGGAAACAAGGAACUCCAGGAGGACAUUAAAUGGGAAUGUGCUCUCCUUUCUCCCCACUCCAGCCUGUUUGGCACUGUGAUUAUGGACAUCUUCUGAAUUCACUGUGAUGAUCCCCUUUAAGAGACACCCCUCACCUCCAUCUCUCUCUUUGUUCUGACCCCAGCGGCUCCAUUUAAGGAUGCCAGAUGGGCGGAAGCAGAAGACAUUUGAACAAGGAAUAGUUCGGAGAUGAGAUGAAACGAGGGGCCAUAUCAAAACUAGAUGCGCUGCUUCUUGUGCAGCAGGCUCUUUUCAGCAAUAAUACCAGAUGUCACCUUUUGUAGUUUUAGUUUUUCAGAUGAUGGCUCACAAAACUUUUUUUUUUCCCACUUGUCUUUAUCCAAUCAAGGGAUGCACUGAUAUCUGAUAAAUUCAGAUUAUAGUUCUUAUACAA